GUGUGAGCCAACUGCUUUCAAUCAUCAAUGGGUCCUUGGAAGAUGAGCCUUCCGUGGCUGCUCCUCCUGUUUGCCAGCACACUGGUCCACGCGCAGAGUCCUGGCCGCGCAGGCUUCGGGGAGCUGCCCCGUCAGCCGGCCCGGCGAAACUUUGACGGUCCUGGUACUCCGUGGAAUGCGCCCCUGCCGGCCGCGGCGCCUCUUCCAACCUAUCCCACUGGAAUUUGGCCGCCAGCAUACGUCCAAUCUGAGGAAUUGCGUCCCCAUCCCUGGGCUCAACAGCAGCAGGCUCGGCACCAGCAGAUGCAGGCCAGUGCGCAGCCACAUCAUGUCCACCAGCGCAGCCUAUCACCCACACCGACCUCGGCGCCCCUGACCCCGGCACACCUGGGCUGGCCAGGGCUGUCGGGCCCUGGGAGCGCACAGAUCCCAGUGACCCGUCCUGGUGAUCAGUCCAUCGGUGGCGGUCCGGGUGGUCCGGGCGGUUUGGGCGGUUUUGGUGGCUUUGCGCAGCACCAUGUGCCGGUGAGGGAGCCGCAUGGUGGGAUGUUGCAGAAAGAAGCUGGCGCCUCAAGCAAGCAAGGAGAUCGCGGAGGAGUGGAAGGAGCCGGAGCCAGUCCCCAGGUCUACAACACGUGGGCCCUGGCCGUGGGGGCUGUUCUCUUCUUGCUCGUCCUGCAGCGGCGGAGCGACCAGAAGGUACUAGGUGGGGCCAAGAUGAUGUCCCAGGCUGCCAAGCUCAAAGCCUGGCUGGAGAGGUCCAGCAGCACCUCGCGCAGCGCUGGUCGUGGUCCACCGCCACAACCCACUGGCGCGAGCCACGGGCACGCUCGUGUCCCGCAUGGAGUGGAGGAGCCGACGAAGGAGGCCGUGCCCGUGAAGGUGGCAAAAGUCGAAGAGGUGGACUUAAAGGAGCCGGAGGCUGAAGCGGAGCAUGUCGAGGUGGAGCGCAGCGCGGAGGUGAAGGAGGCCAUGGUGGAAAUGGAUGGCCGGUUGAUGUCCAUCGACCAGCUUUGUGAAGAGGUCGGAGCACGUCGGGUCGCUGCUGUCGCGAGCCCCGGUUCGGAGGCGAGCCCAGGCCCGACAGGCCCGGCAGGCGAUCCGAUCGAGCUUCCGGCGCCGGCGCCGAGCCGCAGCCGUGUGUGGAGAGGGCGCCAGGCCUCGAGCCCCGCUCCGAUCAGCGCGGCGGAGGUGGCAGGACCUCCACUCACCGGCACUGCGCUGGAGGAGCGGGAUGUGCCAGCCUUGGCUGCCUGUCGCGAGGAGGAGGCGGUGCACCACAGCGAGCCCAGUUCCGGCUCUCCGCGCCGUGAGCUGCAGCACCACUUGAGCGCUGUCCGGGAGGUUCGCACGGAGGUGUGGGAGGCCCUCUCCGCUCGCCCUCCGGAGGACGAUUGGAGCUGGGGAGCUGGCGAGCCCAAGGCGGCUCGGGAUGGCUGUAUCUACUUCGCCGGCGGACCGCCGCCCCUGCGGCGGCCGCCCGCCGUGGGAGUGGCGCGGAGUGGGCGCAGCUGGUGCGCCGGUGGCGCAGGCCGCUCCAGCGCGGUGUCCGUGGCAUCCUCCAAAGCGGCGGUGUCGGACGACGAACUGUUGGAGCUGGAAACCCAGCUCGAGGAUGGGAAGUUCAUCAUGGCCAAAGCGCUGCGAUACCGUCCCACAGGGUGCUUCUUGCGCCUACCAGGUGGACGGGAAGGCUUCCUGCCGGUGGAGCACAUGGUCCCGCGGACCGAGGCCAACACCAACGCCGUGAGGAAGACGGUGACGGCUGCCAUGGAUGCCUCGGGCCGCCUGGCGGUGCGCGAGCUGGGCGCCGAGCGGGCGACGAUGCUGAAGCGCCGGGAGGAAGUGCUGAAGAGCGAGGACCUGGACGCCCGGCGCCGGAAGAUGGAGGAGCGCAUCGACCAGCUGAAGGAGAACUACAGCCCGAACAAGCUCAUGGUGGGCUUCGUCUCUUCAGUUCAGAAGAAUGGCAUCUUCGUGAGCGUGAUCGACGGGCUGGACGCUUUGAUCCCCAUCAAGGAGUUGCCUGCGAAGUUCCUGGUUCCAGCUGAAAGCCCUGAGGCGUCCAAGGGCCAGAUGAAGCCAAGCUUGGAAGUCGGUCAGGCGGUGCAGUUUCGGCUCAUCCGCUACUCGUACCAAUCGGAUGGCUUCACUGCCUCUAUGUUGCCUCCGGAGAACCGCACAAGGCGGGGUUUGGACUUCCCCCUUGCCUUCGAUGGUGAGGUUGGUGCCUUUGACCUUAGGCCGGCGCGUCAGCGCCCGACGGGGGGGUUCGAGGAGGAGCUGGAGAGGCCGCCAAGCCCAGACAACUCGGCUUUGGGGAAAGCCUGGGCUGCCAAGGGCUAUAGUGCCGUCAGCACAGAAGCCGCCGCGGAGCUGAACGAGUGGUUGAGAUCAAAGAUGGAGGACAAGAAGUCCAAAAAGGGCUCAAAAUCAGCAGUGAAGUCCACCCAGAACACCUAUCUCGUCAGCAUCCUUCGGGGCAUGAACACCAAGGCAGUGGGCAGCAUCGAUCUGGAGAAGAACAUCUCUGAGAAGGAGAUCAAGCAAGCCGCGGUGGAUUUGCUGCAAAAGCAGGGCCACCUCAAGGCCGGGGAGCAGCACAAAGGGGUGACGAUCACGAAGAACAUCAUCAACGUGAAGCUGUAGCGGAUCCAGGCUGAUGGGUGCUGGAUGUGUACAUACUAUCAGCGAAAGACAGGACACUGGCAAACAUUGCCGGAAGGUCGGGGUACCGUCCUUGGAAAAAUGUUUCGCUU